UUUAGAAUAAUGGCAGAUGUAAGAUUGUUAAUUCGUGAAGAAGGUAGAACAGCUAGAAAUCUGGUUGCAUUUAAUGUACCAGUGGGUACUAAUAAUAAUGAAAGAGUUACCAAAAAACCACCAAGUGUUCCACGAGUAAUUUCGUCUACUAAUAUGAAAAGGAAUAUUAAAACUUCAACAAGAGUACGAUCAGCGUCAACUGGUCGUGAUAAAAAAUCUGAACUGCAAGCAAGAUACUGGGCUUUUUUAUUUGGAAAUUUACAAAGAGCUGUUGAUGGUAUUUAUCAAACUUGCGAAGAAGAUGAAAACAUAUCAGAGUGUAAAGAAGUUAUUUUAGUAUUAGAAAAUUAUACCCGUGAUUUUCAUAAUCUUAUCGAGUGGUUCAAAGUUAAAUGGGCGUAUGAAAAUUCACCACCUCCAUUGAGACAAGCUCCACUUGCUUGGGAAGUAAGAAAAACUUCACCCUGUAGAAUGUGGAAUUCUUCAGUAGCUAAAUGCUCUAGUCCGCCACAAAGAUUGAGUCCAACGUGUCAAAGUCCAGAUGAUCAGAUUGUCGAGAAUAAAAUUUCAAGUAACGCUGAAAAAUUAUUAAAUUCUAUCCGCGAUGCUUGUGAUUACAGAAGAAUUAAAGACAACAAAAAUUUAUCGAGAAAAAAUCCAAGUAAUUUAAAAGAUACACGAAGAAGUUCUGUAGAUCGUGACAGUGAUAGAAUAUGUAGAGAAUUCUCGUCAGUUAGUAAAGUUGGAAGAAAUUUUAUUAAAUCUUCGACGGCUAAUAGAAUAAUUAGUAAUGUUACCAGUAAAAAAUCAAAUGAAAUAAAUUGCGAUGCUAAAAAUACUAGUGUCAAUAAAGAGAAUAAAAGUAAUGAAACUGGAGCACUUGAAAGGAUUCACAGUGUAGCUGAUAUAGAGAGAAUUAAAAAUAAAACCAAUGGAACGUUAACUGAAUUAUCUAGAGUUGAAAACGACAGAGUUUCAUUGGACAGUAAAAAUGUGAAUAGAAAUACUUCAAAUAGUUCUACAAGACCCAGAUCUACUCCGAAUCCUUCUAGACCGUAUGCUGCUGUUUCGCAAGCCCAAAGAUCGACGAGCCAACUGCCUGAGGCACCGAAAAUAAUCAGAAGCAAGACUAGCUUGAAUGUCCGAGAAGUGUCGAGUGUCAGCAAAGCCAGACCAGGUUCUUCGGUGAUGGUUAGAAGAAGGUUACAGCGGUUGAGAAACGAUAGAACUUUAGAAGAGUCCAGUGAUAUCAGUGGGUCCGUUGAGGUACUGUCCAAACAAACUGCUAAGAGCAGAAAAUCUUCGGAAGACAGCGAUGGCUGGCAGACAGUACGUGGUAGGUGUCGACGAGGAAGUUCUCAUAGUAUGAGCAUGUCUACGAGAUUCCAUCGACCAACCACUGCAACUUCUUUGCCCGCAUUGUCAAUUGAGAGUCCGAAUGAGAAGAGAAAAAAGAAUGUUAUUUCUGUUUCUAACGCAACGUCAAACAAAGAUUUUGCUGGUGAAAAAAUGAGCAUGAUUAAAUUUGAUGAUAAGGGUAAAAAUAUAUUUGCAAUUAAUGGUAAGCAAAAAUCAUUUGAUGACGAGUCUAGAAAAGAAAAUUUAGUGCCAAAUGUUGACUGUGAAACCAAUUCAACUUCUGUAAUCGCAGCGAUUUUUAAAAGUGAAGCUGAGUUACUUGAAAAAAGAAUUCAACAGUUUAUGACCGCUCAAGCUGAACGAGAAAGAAUUAUUUUAGAGGAAGAAAGAAGGACAGAAGAAGCUGAUUCUAAAAGAUCUCAACAAUUGUCUGAUGAAGAAGCUUCGCUUCAAAGGCAAAUUAAAGAGUUAGAGUCUACGGAAAUUGACAUUGAUACGGAAACAGAUGAGACAGAUGGAGAGAUGAUGCUGGAGAUUGAAGAAGAUGAAAUUCCUGAAACUAUAAAUGAAGUUGUUGAUGAUGAUAUUAGUCUUGAGGAUCGCUACGAGAAUAUGUUAGAAGGCAUGUCUUGGGCUGAGCGAGUAGAUACUUUAGCGCAAUUACAAGCUUUAGUUGCUAGGCAUCCUGGUAGAGCUCUGGAACUUCAUCAAAAACUUUCUUCACCGUCUAGGAAGCGAUCUUUGCCGGAAACUUUGAGAAGAUAUCAAGCCAAACAGGCUUGUGCUCAACACAAACGUUUGAAACUUCUGUCAGAGAAGUCGCAGCGUCUUCGUGAACUACUUAAUAAAGUUGAGGAUGUUAAGAGGGCCAAGGACCAGUUGACAGAAGACAAGAGGCUGAGAAUGGAAUUGAAGCUCAAGAGAGCUGAAGAGAAUCGGACCCAACAUUUGUUGGAAGUUGUACGGAAAGCUCAUGAUGAAGAUUCUAAGUUGAAGGAAAUAGCUUUUAUAAAUGAACUGGAGGCGCAGAAUAAGCGGCAUGAUUUUAUGGCGCUUUGUCAAGAACAGGAGGAACGUCUUCAGGGGAUUCAGGAGGAGAGACAAAGAAGGCAGGAGGAAAAAGCGGCGAAAGAAGCUGCUGCUGAAGAGCGGAGACGUGCGUUAGAGGCUGAACGACUCUUGAGGAUCCAGAAGAUGCGACAGACGAGACGUGAGCGGGAAGAGCGAGUGGGUAAAAUGCAGCUUGAGAAGGAAAAAGAGCGACUGGAGUUGGCUAGGGAGAAAGCUAGGGAUCGGGAGGAACGUCUGAGUGCGCUUCAUGCUGCUCAGCUGGCCAAUCAGGAGGAAUUGCAGAAGAAAAUUGCGCAAAAACAACAGGAGUCUGCUAGGAGGCAUGGAGAAAAUAUUGAACAUAUUAGACAGCGCGCUGUUGAAUUAUCCAUUUUAAGGAUGGAGGAAAUACCACCGACGUUAAAAUUUUACCCGGCUCAGAAGCAAUGCUCGCUCUGUGGGACUCUGAUACUCAAUGAGGUCUGUUUAGUUAGUCAUUUGAAGGGAAAACAACACUUGGAGGCUGUUAAAAAAAUGCAUGAUGGUAGAGAACCGUCCCGAGAUGAUUUACACAAAUUUAAUAUUGCGCAGAUCAAAGACAUCCAGGUGUCUAGUGUUGGUGAUGAUAAGGCUGCUAAAGAGAAGCAAAAAGCCUUGAAGAGGAGAAGUAGAAAACUUAAACAGCGGAUGACAGCUCGAGGACAAGAGUGGAAAAAUUCACAGGGGGAAAAUGGACAAAAUCUUGAGUCGAGUAAUAAAACAAAGUUGAGGAGGAAUUUGAAGGAGUUGGAUCGAUUGUGUAGCAGUCAUGGAAAAACUACAUGGUCAAGUGUUGCAAUUGCUGGGCUUGAGAGGUGCUUAGGAGAAAUUGGAAGGAUCUUCAAUAAAUCUAGUUCUGUUGAUCAAGAUGUCUUUCGAUCGCUAAAUGGAUUUGAGACUUUGACUAAUUUAUUAAAUCUCGGUGUUAAUAUUCAGAAUAAUUCUCACACUCUGCCGAAUAAGAGUAUCAUCUCAAUUUGCCGGAUCUACAAAGCCAGUGUCAACGAUCAUUCAAGUAACAUCGAAGCUGCGGUUGCUAGUUUGGAUGACGCUGCACAGACUCAGGAAUCGACGAUGAACACCAGUAAUGCCGGCGUUGCAACUGCGGCUAUUCAAUUACUCUGCAGUCUUGUACCAGAAGUGCCUUCCAAUAAAUCAGUCAUACAGAGCCGUCUCAACGACAUCAUCGGGUGA